UCUCCGCGAGGGCGCCGCAUCGGAGUUGUGGUCGAGCGUGAGGAGUGCAUGAGCUAGGCGGCGACGGCGGCGUCCGGUGUUGCGUGAGGAGGGUGUGGGUGUGGGUGGAGGUGGUGAGGUUGGGAGUGUGUGAGGGAGGGGAUGGAGGUGGGGGAGAGGGCGGCGAGGGCGCUGGGGGCGGGCUUCGACCUGACGUCGGACUUCAGGCUCAGGUUCGCCAAGGAGGGGCGGAGGCUGGUGGAGCUCGACGAGGCCGGGGCCAGGGACGUGCCCGUGCCGGGUGGGGGUGCCGGUGGCGGCGCCGCGGUGCUGCGUGGGGUGCCGCGUGACGUCGGCGUCGACAAGGGCGACCGCAUCCGCUUCCGCUCCGAUGUCCUCGAGUUCAACCAGAUGUCCGAGUUACUUAAUCAGAAUUCUUCAGUCCAAGGGAAAGUGCCUUCAGGCUACUUUAGCACUCUUUUUGAUUUAAGUGGAGCUUGGAUGGCAGAUGCCAAAGAGACUAAGCAUCUAGCGUUCGAUGGAUAUUUCAUCUCAUUGUAUAAGUUGCACCUAAAAACUUCUCCAUUGGUUCUUCGAGAUGAAGUUAGAAGGGCUGUUCCACCCAAAUGGGAUCCUGCAGCAUUAUCACGGUUUAUCAAAACGUAUGGGACACAUAUAAUUGUUGAAAUGGCAGUUGGGGGUCAGGAUGUCAUUUGCGUUAAGCAAAGUCCUUCUUCAACCAUUUCACCUACUGACCUAAAGCUGCACCUGGAAGAUCUUGGUGAUUUCCUGUUUUCUGAUGUGAAGAACCUCUCCCCGAUACAUCGUAAAACCAGGGAUGGCAAGAGCAAGGUACCUGAUGUUUUUGUCAGGAUGGUACAGCAGCCUAAUAACCUACAUCUUUCUAGCUACUCCGAAUCAUCAACCAAAGAUGGGCUGACAAUUACAUGCUCGAAAAGGGGUGGAGAUGUCACUCUAGCCAGUCAUUCCAAAUGGCUACAAACUGUUCCAAGGAUCCCUGAUGCUAUAAUGUUUAAAUUCGUUCCUAUCACCUCUCUUCUUACCGGCAUUCCUGGCAGUGGUUACCUCAGUCAUGCCAUUAAUUUGUAUCUUCGCUAUAAACCUGAUCCUGAAGACCUGCAACAUUUCUUAGAGUUUCAAGUGCCCCUACAAUGGGCGCCUUUGUUCAAUGAACUUAUCCUUGGGCCUCAAAAGAGAAAAGGCUCCUAUCCUUCGUUGCAGUUCAGAUUUCUUGGUCCCAAACUUCAAGUUAGCACUUCUCAGGUAUCUAGUUCUCAUAAGCCUGUCGUUGGCUUACGGCUAUAUCUAGAGGGAAGGAAGUGCAAUCGGCUGGCCAUCCAUGUCCAGCACCUCUCCAGUGCACCCAGCAUGCUGGGAGACUCGCUGUCGUCGUCGAUGUCGGAGUGGCGCGAGUCGGAAGACAUGGGCGAAGGCUACAUUGAGCCCAUCCAGUGGAAGAGCUACUCCAGCGUCUGCACGUCCAAGGUGGACUACAACCCGGAGUGGCUCAAGAGGAUCUCCGGCGGCGUCUUCAUCGUCACCGGCGCGCAGCUGGUGACCAAGGGGACGUGGUCGAGGAAGGUGCUCCACCUGCGGCUGCUCUACACCCACGUCCCGAACUGCACCAUCCAGAGGACGGAUUGGGCCUCGGCGCCGGCGGCGUCGCAGAGGGGCAGCUUCCUGACGACGAUCAGCACGACGCUGAGCUCGCCCUUCAUGCAGCCCGCGGCGCCGAGGAACGAGCCGGCGCCGGCGGCGCUGCUGAACUCGGGCGUCUACCCGGACGGCCCGCCCGUGCCGCUCCAGUCGAGGAAGCUGCUCAAGUUCGUCGACAUGUCGGAGGUGGUGAAGGGGCCCCACGACGUCCCCGGGCACUGGAUGGUCACCGCCGCCAAGCUCGUCAAGGACGGCGGCAAGAUCGGGCUGAACGUCAAGUUCGCGCUGCUCAACUACGACAACAGCACGCAGCCGACGGCGGCGAUGGGCGGUGACGCCAUCGGCUACUGAAUUGGUUGGUCGGCUGUACAUAGAAAACAGUUUCACCGCUUGCUGAUCCUUUUUAGGUUUCAGGAUUUUGGUUUUGGGUGCAGAUAGGAUUUAAGAGAAUGAAAUUGUUACAGAUUUUUUUUUGUGGGCAUAUAGGAAGUGUAUAGAUCAGAAUUCAGGACAGAGAUCAAACGAACCAUCAAGCAGUGUGUUUGCAUUUGCAAUGCUCCAAUUAAUUUUUUUCUAUUGCUGUGGUGUAAUUAAAGGUUUCUGCGUGUAAAUUGUUAAUGAAUUAUUGGCUAGGUCAGUCUAAAUGGGCCACGAAGAUAUAUAAGAUGCAGUGUAAAUAUGGGUCAAUAUAUCUCUCCUAUGCGGAGCCGUUUGUCCUCCCUAUUCCACGUAACAUUUCGUAAAA